GAAGAAGAGGAGGAAGAGGAAGAGGCGCUGCCCGGCGGGUCAGGGCGGGGAAGUCGCCGCCCGAAGAUGGCGGCCGCGGCGGGGGGACACGCCGGGGCUGCGGCGGAGGCGCGGUUCAUCAGCAGCGCCAAGGGAAAGGGCUUGUUCGCCACCAAGAACAUCCGCAAAGGGGAAACCGUCUUCGUGGAGAGGCCGGUGGUGUCUUCCCAGUUCCUCUGGAAUGCGCUGUACAACUACCGAGCCUGUGAUCACUGCCUGCGGGCUCUGGAGACGGCGGAGGAGAACGCCCAGCGCCUGCUGGGGAAGAGCUCGCUGGUGCUGCCUCACCCAGAGCAGUGCAGCACCCGGAAAGACCUGCACCAGCAGUGCCCCCGAUGCCAGGUGACGUACUGCAGCGCGGAGUGCAGGCAGGCAGCUCUGGAGCAGUACCACCAGGUCCUCUGCCUCGGCCCGUCCCGAGACGACCCCACACACCCCCUCAACAAGCUGCAGGAGGCGUGGAGGAACAUGCACUAUCCCCCAGAGACUUCCAGCAUUAUGUUGAUGGCCAGGAUGGUUGCCACCAUCAAGCAGGCUAAAGACAAGGAGUGGUGGAUCAAGGCCUUCUCCCAGUUCUGCAGCAAGACAGCAAAUGAAGAAGAGGAGAUUGUGCACAAGCUGCUGGGGGACAAAUUUAAGGGCCAGCUGGAGCUGCUGCGGUUGCUCUUCACCGAAGCCCUUUAUGAUGAGUAUCUCAGCAGGUGGUUCACUCCAGAAGGCUUUCGAUCCCUCUUUGCCCUCGUUGGGACCAAUGGCCAAGGCAUAGGAACCAGCUCCCUGAGCCAGUGGGUGCACGCGUGUGACGCGCUGGAUCUGCCGAUGCUGCAGCGGGAGGAGCUGGACGCCUUCAUCGACCAGCUCUAUAAGGACAUCGAGAAGGAGUCUGGAGAGUUCCUCAACUGCGAAGGAUCAGGGCUCUACGUGCUCCAGAGCUGCUGUAACCACAGCUGCAUCCCCAAUGCCGAGACAUCCUUCCCAGAAAACAACUUCCUCCUGCAUCUCACUGCUCUGGAGGACAUCGAAGCAGGAGAGGAAAUCUGCAUCAGUUACUUAGAUUGCUGUCAGAGGGAGCGGAGCAGACACAGCCGCAACAAGAUACUCAGGGAGAACUACUUGUUUACCUGCUCGUGUCCCAAGUGCCUGGCGCAAGCCGACGACGCCGACGUGACGUCGGACGAGGAGGAGGAGGGCGAGGGAGAGACGGACGAUGCCGAGCUGGAGGAUGAGAUGACCGACGUUUGAUCCUGCCCCAAGCAGUGAUUUCAGGACCAUCUGGGGAUGGAGAAUGGCCAGAGCAUCCCAGCAUCCCAGAGCUGACAUGUGGUGUCAUCCAAAACCCCAAAGACAUUGGGAGUUGUCCCUCUGUCCGGCAGCGGGACGAGGAUGUGCCCGAGCGGGAGCUGCUGUGCGCUUCCCCACCCCGAAUUCCCACAUGGAGACAUCCCAGCACCGAGUGGCCCCACAUAGAGAUGUCCUGGCACCGAGUGGCCCCACGUGGAUGUCCCCUUGUCACCCACCCCAUGCUGCCACCAAUGAGGCCACACCAUGUGCUGCAGUGUCCCUCUCUGUGGACAACACGGCUCCCGGCGAUGGACAGGCAGCAGGCUGGGGGUGCGCUCCGGGGUUAUUCCCUUCCCUCAUGGAUUUUGGGGAGCUGUUUUCCCGCCGCUGUGUCCGUGGCAGCUGGCUUGUGGGACUGAGGGUGACACACCCCUGACACUGCCAUCACCGCCAGCCCUGACCCCGCUGCUUGUCCCCAACUGUCCUGGGGCUGCGUCCCCUUCAGUGUUCGUAAUAAACCGAGACUGGUGAGAA